AGCAAACAUUUUAGGUUCCCAGCAUAGCCUAAGGGCGUGCCUUAGCCUGGAGGUUCAUCAUGUGGAUGUUCUCCUGUCUGCUGCUGGGGCCAAUUUUGGCACAGGGGGAGGAUCCCUCAGUGGCCAAUGGCGAGCUGACGCCGCCAGACCUUCCAUUUCCUCCGAUGCCUUCGAAGGCGGUGGUUGGACCGACUCUGGCUGAUUCGGUGAAUAGUUGGCCUCCGAAGAGGAAACCGCUGAAGGAAGAUGCUCCCAACAUUUUGCUCAUCAUGAAUGACGAUGUGGGCUACGGUGCGCCUGAGACCUUUGGUGGCCCGAUCCACACUCCCACCCUGUCGAAGGUGGCGCAACAUGGCGCGACACUGGUGCCUACAUACAUGGUGUCACCUGCUCACCCUCACCCAAGGUUUCCUACAACCGUUUCCACACCACGGCCAUUUGCUCUCCCACCCGUGCGUUCCUGCUGACUGGGCGGAACUCCCACAACGUCGGUGCUGGGCAGAUCACCGAGGCGGCGUCGGGCUUCCCUGGAUACACAGGCACGAUCCCGAAGUCAGCAGCCACCUUGGCCAAGGUGCUCUCUGGUUAUGGAUAUGAUACUGCAGCAUUUGGGAAGUGGCACAACACUCCCGUGGAUGACCUCAUGAAGUCAGGCCCUUUCGACCAGUACCCCACCGGUCUGGGCUUCAGCUACUUCUACGGCUUCCUUGCGGGGGAGACGUCGCAGUACAACCCUCGCUUGUAUGAGAACACCAACCCCAUCGAGCCACCACGAAAGCCAGAGGAAGGCUAUCAUUUGACCGAGGACAUGGCAGACCAAGCAAUCAAGUUUAUCCGCGCCAAUCGUGCAUUGACCCCGGACCGGCCCUUCUUCAUUUACUUCGCGCCGGGUGGCGCACACGGCCCGCAUCAUGUACACAAAGAGUGGGCGGACAAGUACAAGGGCAAGUUCGACAUGGGCUGGGAGAAGCUUCGAAACAUCACGUUUGAGAAGCAGAAGGCCAUGGGCUGGAUCCCGAACAGCACCAAGCUCACACCAAUUGAUCCAACUAUGGUAAAAUGGAAAGAGAUUCCGGAGGAGCAGCGGGCUUUCCAGCUUCGGCUUAUGGAGGUCUAUGCGGGCUAUUUGGAGCAUACGGACACUCAGGAUGGCAAAGUUGUCGAAGAGUUGGAGCGACAAGGCCUGUUCAACAACACGUUGAUCAUCUACGUCCUGGGCGACAACGGCGCUAGCGCCGAGGGGAUCCACGGGACCAUCGACGAGCUCCUGGCGGAGAACGCGCUUCCCAGCGCCUACCAGCAGCAGAUGGAAGUGUUGAACCGAGAUUUUGGAGGGCUUGAUGCUCUGGGCUCCCAGCAUGUUGACAAGAUGUAUCACAGCUCCUGGGCUUGGGCUUUGGACACGCCCUUCAAGAGUACAAAGUUGGUGGCUGCCCACUUUGGUGGGAUGCGCACGCCCAUGGUGAUGUCCUGGCCAAAGGUUAUCAAGCACGAUCCAACUCCUCGUUCUCAAUUCCAUCAUGUUUGCGACAUCGCGCCCACCAUCUAUGAAGCUGUUGGCGUUCAGUUUCCCACGCGCGUGGAGGGUGCGAAACAGAUGCCUUUGGACGGUGUGUCCAUGGUCUACACCUGGAACAAUGUUUCAGUGAAAGAGAGGAAAUCCGCGCAGUACUUUGAGGUUAUGGGUAGUCGAGGAGUGUACAAGGAUGGUUGGUUCGCCAGCGUUUUCGGGCCUCGCAUUCCAUGGGCCGAAGCCAAUGAGACCCGCAUGAGGGAGUGGAAUCCGGACACUGAUGUUUGGGAGCUCUAUGACCUUACAAGGGACUUCUCGCAAGCCGAGGACCUAGCCAAGGAGAUGCCUGAUCAAGUGGCCAAGAUGAAGCAGAUCUUCCUCAUGGAGGCAACUGCCAACAAGGUGCUGCCAAUUGGAGCAGGCCUCUACACCAUUUAUUACCAUCCUGAAGAAGGACCUCACUCACCAUUGACUGAGUGGAAACUUUAUGAAGGGCUCACGCGCCGCUAGCUUGCUCUUGUUAGAAACGUGCCCCUUGCCAGUCGAAGUUGUAGAAACUGAAGCAAAGAACUUGUAUCGAAGCCAAGGUAUUGCUGAGUCAAAUGCUCCUGGAUUUCAUAGCGGACAGAACUCCCUCGCCACCAUUGAUGUGGAGAUUUCAGCCAACGCGAGUGGAGUUCUCUAUUGCGUGGGUGGUACAGCUGGAGGCUUUUCAGUUUACAUGGACAAUGGCUAUUUGUAUGCUGAGUACAUGUCGACCCUAUUGUACCGCUACAUCGCCAAAUCCACGACUCCCCUGCAGCCUGGAACCCGAAAGAUCCAGGUGAGGUUGAUCUUCGAAACGACCAAGGGCUUGGGCCCACCAGCGGAUUUGACCCUCUUCGUGGACGGACAGCAGGUUGGAUGGGUCAAGGCACGGAGAGCGAACGGGAUUUGGGUGCGCGGGCGCAAGGCGUCCAGAGUUCAGAGUGAUGAGCGUUUGAGAGCAGCUGGAGAAGGGGACUUGAUGCUUGCUUUGAAAAGACAUGGAGUAUUUGCAACUUGGCCGGCGAUUGAACUAAUGCCUUCAACAUCCUUUCGCUGGACCCUUUGUCAAAAUCCUGCUGAACCGUAGGUCUAGCAUCCACUUUCCUGCCAAAAUCUGAGACACACUACUGUACACUGUACACUGUACACAUGACAAGCGGUAAAAUCAUCACCUUUCUGGAUCAAAAUCAUGCUUUGAGGUUGAGAAAUCCAUCCGCUUGGUCUUUGAUGCCUCUGAGACCUUUGACGUCGGGAUGGACCUUGGAUCGCCGGUGUCUUUGUUGUACCAAAACCGAACACCCUUUAAAUUCAACGGUAAGAUCAACCUUUUGCAUGUGAAGUACAUCAAUGGUACUUCAAUGCACACGUGGUGGUGUAGACUAAUUCGGCCUACCAUUUCUUUGGGCCAACUUUUGAAGCUUGACAGAGCCUUGCUCGGUCCUUAUGUUUUGCCCUUCUUUCUUGUACAAAGUAGGAGGACAUCCUUCAUACGUCUCUAGCUCUUUUGAAGGAGAUGUAUUUGCGAAUUUUGAUGGGCCGUCAUUGAAUCCAUUUGUUUAAAUAAACAAAAUAAAUCACGUAAAAAAGUAAUCCAUAACCCAAUGGAUUAGCAAAGAUUUAAAAGACAUGGGGGAAAUGUAGUAUUUCCUUUGUUAGUUGAAGUCAUGUGGGUUUGUAUAAGUUUGCGG